UUUAGCAACAGAGUUUACCUUAGUCCAGAUAGAUUUUUUUUGGUCAUCAGACUUUCUCCUGUUCUAUAUAUUGACCUACCCAACUAUCAAACCACAGUCAUGAUAAGACUGUUUGGCUUGCUAGCUAGCUACAUGUGGUUGCUCUUCUCUCCCUCCACAUAUGUAUAACUAUUUGGUUAAGCUUAGGUAUAUAGUCAGGAGAAAUUUCUGAUUCACAAGCAACUAAAACAAGAUUAUGUCCGACACUUCAGCAGCUGCUUAUAUUCAUAAGGUUCAACACUUGAUAGAAGAGUGCAUUCUGUUUAAGAUGAGCAAGGAAGAAUGUAUGGAAGCCCUGUCGAAACAUGCGAAUAUCUUACCGGUUAUCACUUCCACAGUAUGUGUCGUCGUGCUAGUAUGGACGGAGCUGGAGAAAGAGAACAAGGAGUUCUUUGAAGACUACCACGCGAAAAGAGCGGAGGAAAAAGCUCAGAUGAGUAUCAGUGGAGUGGAUAUGUUGAGGGAAAAAAUAGAGAAGAUGGUUCUAGAUUCGAGCUCCAAAUAAUAUCUAUCUUCAUGCAAACUAACAAGUUUUCUCUAUGGAGAAGAAUAAAUUUACCGAGUCCUGGUACUCUGGUAGUAUUGAAUUAAAUAUGGCAGCACUGUCAUUGUAGUCCCAAGUAUUGAGAAGUGUGAUGCUUGCCUGAGCCUGACUGCUUUGCAGCUGCACUGCGCUUAUAACCGUGGGCAGCUGUUAGUUUUGCUUGCUAGUAUUAAUUUUGUUAGAUUUGAGCCAAAGUGUCAACUCUUUUUUAUUUUAAUAUGACCGCUUCUUCUUUAUGAAUUAACAAGUAGUCUUGUAACU